AUGAAAGAAAAAGUGUGUGGGGUCAUACACAGGGAAAGAGAAAACAGUGAAAUGAAACAUUCUUGUGCAUGGGAACGUGUAAAAGUGGUGAAGUUAAAGAGUGGUGGUGGUGGUGCAUUGGCAGCAAGCAUAGUGGGGUUAUGUUGGAAGCUGGCUAGGAAAGGGAAUCUGAACGUGGAGUGA